UCUAACGUCUCUCAAUCCUAAUACUCAUUCAAGGAAAAACACAAAUCAAAAAAAGAAGAAAGAAGUCUUUGGAAAAGCAAAAAAAUCAGAUUAAAACUUGUAUCUUUGAUCUCCAUUUUGUUUGCUUUUCCCUUGUGCAUGGCUGAAAUGCAUUAAAGGUGAAAUUUAAUGGCUCAUAUAUCCUUCAUUUUCCGUGAAAUCUAUUGCCAAUGGUUAACGCAGCAAUGAAUUUUGUAAAAUUUCUGGUUAUCAUAACCACAUUUUGUUCCGGCCUAAGCAAGGUGAAUUCAUCUAAAAAUGGCUCAAAUUCUUAUUCCUUUGUUUUGGCUUGUGGGGCUACAAGUAAUGCCACAGAUGCAGAUGGCAGGAUUUGGAGUCCAGAUUCCACACAUCUCCCCUCUUCUUCUUCUUCUGGUAAUUCAAUCACAUCUAAAGCUAAAUACCAAGAUCCUUCAUUGGUUUCUGAUAUCCCUUACAUGACUGCUAGGAUUUUCAAGACUCAAACCACGUAUUCUUUUCCUGUUUCUCCAAUAUCUCGCCAUUGGAUCAGACUUCACUUUUACCCUUCUUCUUAUGACAAUUUCAACUGCUCCAAUUCAUUCUUUUCUGUAACUGUUGGAGGGUUUACUCUUCUCAAUAAUUUCAGUGCCUCAAUCACAGCACAAGCACUAACGCAGGCUUAUAUCAUAAGGGAAUUCACUCUUGUCCCUCUCCAAACUAACACCCUUAACAUCACCUUUAACCCUUCAUCAGUAUACAAGGACUCUUUUGCCUUUAUCAAUGGAAUUGAGAUUAUUUCAAUGCCAGAAAUCUUUCAAGCCGCGCCUAUGGUGGGGUUCUCCGAUCAGACAAUGGAAACAGAAGCUUCUUCUAUGCAAACCAUGUUCAGGUUAAAUGUUGGUGGACAGUAUAUUCCAGCAAAUAAUGACUCAGGCUUGGGAAGAAUAUGGUAUGAUGACGCGCCAUAUUUGUUUGGUGCAUCAUUUGGUGUGACAUCUGCAGCUAAUAACAGUGUCAAAAUUUCAUAUCCUCCUAAUCUACCUAAUUACAUUGCUCCGGUGGAUGUUUAUAGGACAGCACGAUCCAUGGGGCCAAAUCCAGAUGUUAAUAGGAACUAUAAUCUCACUUGGAUUUUCCAAAUUGAUGGAAAUUUCACUUAUCUCGUGAGGUUACAUUUCUGUGAGUUUCAGUUGACACGAAUGAAUCAGAGGGUAUUCAAUAUAUACAUUAACAAUCAGACUGCUUUGGAAGAGGCUGAUGUUAUUUCGUGGACGAGUGCCCAAGGUGUGCCAGCAUACAAGGACUUUGUAAUAUAUGCCACAGAUCAACCUGGUGGUGAUGAAAUGUGGGUGGCUUUACAUCCUAAUGAUAAGACGAAGGCCGAGUUUUAUGAUUCAAUCCUCAAUGGACUAGAGAUUUUUAAGAUCAAUGACACAACAGGGAAUUUGGCAGGGCCGAAUCCUGUUCCAUCAUCAACCCCACCUCCGGAAACUGAUUCUCAGCCAAAACCGUCAUUUGCAUCAAAUAAAUCUAGUAAAAGUGGCAUAAUAGCUGGUUCAGUUGUAGGAUUGGCGGCUGGCUUUGGUAUUGUUUUUGGUGUAGUUGCUUUUAUCAAACGCAAGAAGAAUAUGAACAGCGGAGGGAAGUCUAGUAGAGGUGGUUGGUUACCAAUUUAUAGUAGUUCUAGGACUACAGAAACUAGAACAACUAUCUCAGGCAAGAGCAGUGGCAGUAGUCACAUUUCCAACAUUGGUGGAGGUCUUUGUAGGCACUUCACCUUAGCUGAGAUAAAACAUGGUACGAAGAAUUUUGACGAGUCGUUAGUAAUUGGAGUUGGAGGAUUUGGUAAAGUGUAUAAAGGAGAGAUUGAUGGAGGGACUAGUGUUGCUAUUAAGAGAGCAAACCCUUCUUCUGAACAAGGUCUUCAUGAGUUCCAAACUGAGAUUGAAUUGCUGUCGAAACUUAGACAUAGGCACUUAGUCUCAUUGAUUGGGGCUUGUGAAGAGAAUGAAGAGAUGAUAUUAGUGUAUGAUUAUAUGGCUAAUGGGACAUUGAGAGAGCACCUUUAUAAGCACAAUAAGCCACCUUUAUCAUGGAAACAAAGACUGGAUAUUUGUAUUGGUGCCGCUAGAGGUCUUCACUAUCUUCACACUGGUGCAAGAUACACUAUCAUCCAUAGGGAUGUGAAAACUACAAACAUUUUGUUGGAUGAUAAGUGGGUAGCAAAGGUUUCUGAUUUCGGAUUAUCGAAAACGGGACCUAAUCUCCAUCAAACUCAUGUCAGUACAAUGGUAAAAGGAAGUUUUGGAUACUUGGAUCCAGAAUAUUUCAGAAGACAGCAGCUGACAGAAAAGUCUGAUGUGUACUCUUUUGGGGUUGUCCUAUAUGAAGUACUGUGUGGAAGACCAGCUCUAAAUCCUAGUCUUCCAAAGGAACAAGUUAGUCUAGCAGAUUGGGCAUUACACUGCCAUAGGAGACAUACUACUAAAGAAAUUGUGGAUCCACAUAUUAAGGGGGAGAUCACACAAGAAUGUUUGAAGCAAUUUGUUGAUACAGCAGUGAGUUGCUUGUCUGAUCAUGGAACUGAUCGCCCUUCAAUGGGGUCAGUGUUAUGGAAUCUUGAGUAUUGCCUUCAGAUGCAAAAUAAUCCUGAUGGACCAAAAAUGGUGGCAGAACAGAAAGCAAACGAUGCUUAUGCGAUGCAUACAGAAUUGUUAAGUAUUACAGAGGAAGGCGGAGAAGGUGAGGAGUCAGAGGAGCACAGCACGGAGGCUGUCUUCUCCCAAAUUGUGAAUCCACAAGGUAGAUAGUUGCUUAGUUCUGCUAUUGUACUUUUGUUUUUCUUCUACAAGUUUAUAGUUGACGAGCGAGGAGGCUCGCUUAGUUGGUAGAGCACCUCCAUCUCCAACCAGUAGGUAGUUGGUAAGUGGAAGCACUAUUAAUCAGACUUGUAGCCUGUAUUUCUGUCUUCCUUAUUGGUGCCUUCAUUUUUGCUUCUCCAUGAUGUCUCACGAUUUGAGUGAAGCAGCUUUAAUGUUAUAGCAGUGUUAUUUAUGGUUAGCACAACGCUAUCUUCUGAAA